AGACAAUCCAAUCUUUGUCUCCUUUUGACACCUGCACCAGGCCGUCGCUGUUAAGCCUUCCCCUACAUCCAUCCGACUUCUUGCCUCUGUCCUCGCGCCCUCCUCCCCAAUAUGCCCAAAAAUCAACAGAAAAGGCGCCCUGGCGGCGCCGGUGCUGGCGCUUCUUCCUUGCCCUACUCCAAACCGUCGUCCAGCGCUGCCACCUCCAACGCAAUAUUCAAGAUGAACACAGAUAUCGGCCAGCACGUCCUCAAGAACCCAGGUGUCGCUCAAGCCAUCGUCGACAAAGCCGACCUGAAACAGUCUGAUAUUGUUCUCGAAGUCGGUCCUGGUAGCGGUAAUCUCACGGUCAAGAUUCUGGAAAAAGCCAAAAAGUGCAUUGCCGUGGAACUCGACCCGCGCAUGGCCGCCGAAGUCACGAAACGAGUGCAAGGCACUGCCCAAGGCAGACGGCUCGACGUAGUGCUUGGGGACGUGAUCAAGACCGAGCUCCCCUACUUCGACGUCUGCAUCAGCAACACUCCCUACCAGAUUUCCAGUCCUCUAGUCUUCAAGUUACUAGCCACGAGUCCAGCGCCUCGCGUAUGCAUUCUCAUGUUUCAGCGCGAAUUCGCCAUGCGUCUUUUUGCAAAGCCCGGUGACAAACUCUACAGUCGUCUCAGUGUCAAUGCCCAGAUGUGGGCCAAAAUCGACCAUAUCAUGAAAGUCGGCAAGAACAAUUUCAAGCCUCCCCCAGCCGUGGAGAGUAGUGUGGUUCGUCUUGUGCCCAAGAAUCCUCGACCAAAUAUUUCAUAUGAAGAAUGGGACGGUCUGCUACGAAUAUGCUUUGUCCGAAAGAACAAAACUAUGCGGGCAAAUUUCAUUGGCACCACCAGUAUCAUGAAUGCCCUUGAAGCAAAUUACCGCACAUGGUGUGCGCAGAAUGAUGUCCCUGUCGACGACGGGCCCGCCGACGAAUCGACAACGAUGGAGAUCGAGAAUACAGUGGCCACUGAUGAUGCCGAUGAGGACGAGUGGGAUGGCUUCAUGGACGUUGAUGCUGAUGGAGAUGAGCUCCCGGCCUUUUUGAAGCAACAGCAACAACAGUCAGCGAAAGCCACUAAAGGCUCCGGUCGCAAAAGGAAGGGCAAAGUCGCCGAGCUGGUGCGUGAGAAAGUCCGCUCCGUGCUUGAAGACAAGACACAGCUGGCCGACAAACGAGCCCGGAUGUGCGACGAAGGAGAUUUUCUGAAACUGCUCUACAACUUCAACCUGGAGGGCAUUCAUUUUCGGUGAUAGCUCAUGGUAUGGAAGGCCGACAGUGCCAGAGAUUUGCCUAUACUGCUUUCCAAACCAGUGAAAGGUCCUCCACAGUGGUGCUCCACCGGGAUGAUUGAGGUCAACCGUGGCAGCUGGGAUCAGUUGAUUACAGCAGGUACCUCCUUUUCCCUAAGACCACCGCAGUGCAGUGCUAUAUGGGACGACGGCUUCGACAAAGGAAGCUCCUUGCCAUCCCGCCAUGGCCAGAGGAUAUAAUGACCUGUAUGACACAUUGCACGAUUGCAUGAGAUACCCCAGAUAGACAAAAUUCUGCAAAGAUAUCAACACAUAUCCAUGGACGACAACCAGAUACCGAUCUGUACUCAAACAAUCCUUGACUCCAGAUUUUGUUUUGUCAUUCACAGAUGUCUCCUCAUUUUUGUUUCCAUCUUCAUU